AUGGGGCAAUUUGUUACCAAGGUGAAGUCCAUCGAGGAAGGAAUUAGCAAAUCUGCUACAUCUUCUUCAACCGAGGCAACAACUAGCAAGGUCGUGAAUACCACACUAUCUUCUGCAUCAAACAUUACAAAGAUAUUACCCACUGGAAUUUUGUUUCUGUUUCAGGCUCUCUCCAACCUUCUUUCCGAUAAUGGAGACUGCAUUACAUCCAACAAGGUUCUGGUUGGAAUAGCUGUGGGUAUUCUUGGGAUUGCGUGUUUUGUUUUGUCUUUGGUAGACACCUUCACAGAUUCUUACACAGGCAAAGUGCACUAUGGGAUUGCUACCCUUAAUGGUUUAGCCACUGUUAGUAAAUUGAAGCCUUCUAAUUUAUCAAAUUAUAAGAUCACGCUCAAGGGUUUGUUCCAUGCAGCUUUGGCGGUUGCGGUGUUUGUUGUGAUGGCCCUGACAGAUCAAAACAUUGUGCAGUGUUUGUAUCCCUCUGCUGAAAGCAAUAUAAAGAAGAUGUAUAAGGCUCUCCCUGUUGUUAUGAAUGCAGUGAGCAGUGCGUUGUUAGUUUUGUUUCCAUCAAAACGCCAAGGAAUCAGCAGUCCCGUUAGCACUAAAACUGCAUCGACAACAUGA